AUGACUCCGCCACCCUCUUCGCUCUCUCCAAUCCCUCCACCGAUCCCCGUCGACACACAUCCAAACCGCAGUCCCAAUUCCCGAACUCCUGAGGAGCGCGUUCCGGAUCCGGACCGCCUGGCCCCCGAGGACGCAUACUUUGCGCCCUCGCUGUCGCGUGCUCGCUCCGCUCCGUCAAACUAUGAUGAAACGCUUCGCUCGCUGAACGGUGAUGCCGGUCUGCAUCCGCCGCGGGGGGUGCUUGGCGCGGACCCUGAACCGGAAGGAUGCACGGAAAUUGGGGGCUGGUGCUGGACGGAGGAGGCGGAAAGGUGCUUGGAAGAAGUUACUUUGGACCCGGAUAACUACACCGAUACCGAGACAUUUCUAGACCACCUCCAGCGAAAUCCCCGAGUUCGGCCGUAUGAUUUUUGGCCGCUUGUAUCGGACUCGACGGUAAUCGUGCAGCAUGUCUGCUCUGUGGUAAUAUUCGUUUGCUGUUUCGUUGAUAUUGUUCAAGACCGGGUGAGCCCCGUUUCGGUUGUCUGCUGGGGAAGUGUCGGUACGGCGGUGGGUUGGAUUCUAUGGGACAAUUGGAUCUGGAAAGAACAGACUGAGCUUUCGAAUGCCAAUGGCACCAUCGGGGGUGAUGAUGGUUCGAGUUCGAGCUCGGUGACCAGUGCUGUCAACCCAUCCGCCAACGACACCCAGGGCAAUGGCGUCAAAGGCAGUCCGAUCCAUGGCCUCGGCUUGACAAUGGCUGCAAACUCGUCAAAGGAACAUCUGCCACAUCAAAGUCCCGACCACAAUAGUGGCAUGGGCGGAAUGAUUGACCCUACAGCACGAGCUGGGCUCAACUUGGCUCCAUCAAGUGCUGUCGCUGGUGACACAGAUGUUCAAGAUAUCGACCGAACCUCUCUAUUUUCCUCUCGCAACCGCCAACGACUCUCAACCGUUAAAUCCGCCUUUUUGAUCUACUUCUCCCUGCUGGGACUAAGUCCUAUCCUCAAAUCUCUUACCAAAUCCACCGCCAGCGACUCCAUAUGGGCUAUGAGCUGCUGGCUUAUAAUCAUGAAUAUAUUCUCCUUCGACUAUGGAAGUGGCGAGGGCGCCGGCGCCACCAAAUUCCCCGCUUCAUUAUCCACAAAUGCAGCCGUCAUGGCAUCGACCGUGUUGGCAUCCCGCCUCCCAUCCACCACUCACGUGUUCAGCCUCAUGCUGUUCUCAAUGGAAGUCUUUGGCCUAUUCCCUAUAUUCCGACGACAACUCCGCCAGAAGUCUUGGACCGGUCAUGUGUGUCUUACGCUUGCGCUCGUGGUCAUUGCAGGCGGCGCCGUCGGCACGACUAUGAGUGGUGGCUGGGCAUCAGCUAUCAUCGGAUCCUUCCUUGGAGGUAUCCUCACUGCACUUGCCAUGGGCGGCUGCAGCUGGUGGCUCAUCAGCUUGCAGAAGUAUAAGAAUGUUGUCAUUGGUCCCUGGGAUCCAGCUCGUCCCAUUAUCCGACGACACUGGAAUUGA